GGGAAAAAGCAUUUUGUACUUCGGACUCUCUCUACUCAUAAACUGUAGUAGUUGUUACGCAAAAUUAGGGCACACCGAGAUAGAGCAGAGCACCAUCCUCAGCCAAAUUGAAGAUGACGACAAUUCCUCUGUUGCGUUGCUCUUGCAAUGGUAUUUCCUUUGCUAUUUCUCGUUGCGGUUCGGCAUUUACCAUCAGAAAUUAUUCUUCAUCUCAUACCAAUAUUGAGAAUGUCAAGUGUUUAGAUGAUGCUUUGAGUCUCUUUCGUCAAAUGGUCAGAACUCAGCCUCUUCCUUCUGUUUUUAGCUUCUCCAAAUUAUUAAAGACUAUGGUAAAUAUGAAGCAUUACUCUUCUGUUCUUUCCCUUUUUCGACAAAUGCGGAAAUUAGGCAUCCCAAUUAAUGAUUUCAUCUUGAAUAUAGUGAUUAACAAUUAUUGCCUAAUGCAUCGUUCUGAUUGCGGAUUUUCGGUGCUAGCCAUUUACUUGAAGAAUGGCAUUCCAUUUGAUGUCGUCACCUUUAGCACCAUACUAAGGGGACUCUUUGCGGAAAAUAAGAUAAAAGAUGCGGUUAACUUGUUCAAAAAGUUGGUGAGAGAGAAUAUUUGUGAGCCUAAUGAAUUCAUGUAUUCAAUUGUCAUGAAUGGGCUUAGCAAAAGGGGUCAUACUCAAAAAACAUUGGAUUUGCUUAGGGUAAUGGAACAAGGAAGCACUAAGCCCGAUGCAUGCAUCUAUAGCAUUGUUAUAGAUGCCUUAUGCAAAGAUAGAAUGGUACAUGCUGCAAUUAGCCUUUUGAAAGAAAUGAAACAAAAAGGCAUUCCUCCAAAUGUUGUCACUUAUAAUUCAUUGAUUGAUGGUCUUAGUAAGUUUGGUAAGUGGGAAAAGGUUAGGACUUUGUUCUUCGAAAUGGUAAAUCUUAAUAUUUAUCCAGAUGUGCAAACCUUGACCAUACUGACUGAUGGACUAUGCAAAGAAGGGAAAGUUAAAGAUGCUGAGGAGGUAAUGAGACUCAUGAAUGGAAAAGGUGUGGAGCCUAAUGUGGUCACCUACAAUGUGAUAAUCGAUGGAUAUUGCUUGUGCGGUCAAAUGGAUAGAGCAAGGAGCCUUUUCGAUUCCAUGAUUGAUAAGAGCUUUAAGCCUGACAUUUUUAGCUAUAACAUAUUAAUAAAUGGAUAUUGUAAGGUAAAGAAAUUGGAUGAGGCCAUGCAUUUGUUUUAUGAAAUUUCUCGAAAUGGAUUGGAACCUGACAUCGUUACCUACAGUACUAUCUUGCAAUGCCUAUUUGAAGUUGGAAGAACUGACUUUGCACAAAAAUUCUUUGUUGAGAUGCUUUCUACAGGGCUCAAACCUAAUUUGUGCACUAAUUGCAUUUUGCUCCAUGGUUAUUUUCAGAAUGGACUUGUCGAGAAAGCUAUGUUGCUAUUUCAUGAGUUGGAAAAAAAGAGAGGAGAUAUUGAUAUUAUGUUUUACAAUGUUGUCAUUAAUGGAUUGUGCAAAAAUGGUAAACUUAACAAAGCUCAUGCUAUUUUUGAGAAGCUUUCUUUAAUUGGAUUACUUCCAAAUGCGACAACAUACAAUACAAUGAUAAAUGGAUUUUGUCAUGAAGGGUUGUUAGGUGAAGCUAAAGAUAUACUAAGAAAAAUGGAGGAUAAUGGUUGUUUGCCUAACAAUGUCACUUACAAUGUUAUUAUGCAAGGAUUUCUCAAGCGCAGGAGAAUUAGUGAAAUGACAACUUUUAUGAAGGAAAUGGCUGGAAAGAGCUUCUCAUUUGAUGCAGCUACAACUGAGUUACUGAUAAAUGUUAUAAGGGAGAAUCCUCCUGUCCUUGACAUGAUACCAGAGCUUCACUAGAAAAAUAGGAAGUGAAUAUUUAUUUCGCUUGGUUUAUUCGGCUACACUAUCACUGUGAUACAAUUCCUUUUACCUCUCUAAGAAAUCACGUUGUAUGCAAUUGAGUGAGCUGAAAGAGCUUUCCUGAUGGGCCUAUUAAGGAGGCAAAAUUCAAGGAGCUAGGAGUUCAAGCAAUCAUUUUUCAUGGAAAUGUAAUCAAGAAUGCUGUUCUAAGACAUCUCCGCUUACUGAAUCCAGCAAUGCAGCCACUUAUGUUUUCAUGUUAUGACUCGACUUCAGCUGCUUGUAUGGAAGGACAUGGUCUUCUAAAGCACGACAAUAUCUGACAUUUUGAAAGAUGAUGCUGUGCACAACAGAUGAUACUAUGUUAUGAUGCUGUGCAGCGGAAUACAAACCGUAUUGUUGGAGCCUCUGGUGGUUUUGGAAACUGAGGAAAAUAAACCAAUUGCUGGAAUUAUUAGAGAAAGAGAUUCACACUCGCAUGUGCUAUUCAAACUUCAAUGACAUGAGCUAUUCCAUUAAGGACAUGGAUGCUAGCGUGAUCACCAUCGAGGAAUCCAGGUCUGAUGAGAAGCUUCUUUCUGUGUUCCGCGGGGGAGUGAAGUACGGUGCUGGAUUAUACGCAUCCAUUCGCCAAACAUUGAAUCAACAGUAGAAAUUGCUGACAGAAUCAGCAAAAUACUUGCAGUCCUUGAUGCCAACAUCCUCUCAGUCAACCCCGAUGGUGGCCUUAAGAUGUGCAUGCAUACUGAAGUUAAGCCUGCACUCAGCAACAUGAUUGGUGCAUUUGGAAGUUAUGGAACACAUGACAACCAUUUCAGACACAUUCUCAUUUGAACAUACUUGAUGCAUGAACCAUGAAUUGAAACUUUUGUUUUGGUGUUUGGGGUGGGGGUGGGGGGGUAUUUCUUUGCGGACAUAUAAUAGAUAAUGGAACAUGAAAGCAAAAAACUUUGAAGAAGAGGAAUAGCAGAAGCAGAGAAAACAUGUACAAGUUGAGGAAGCAUGCCAAACAGCCAAAGUCUGCAGGAUAAUCUAAAUACUUCUGAGAUCAAGCAAGGUGAAAAGCGUAAACAUACAUCUCCACAGUGUCCACUGGUGCUGAAAAGGUUACUGCAUCUUAUGAGUACUUCAGUGGAAUUGUUGUGCCAUUUGCCUAGAGAAACUAAACUGUCAGCUGCAACGACACAAUCCCGUUCCUUCUACUGUCUCGAAUGCAAAUUCUAGCACGAGGAAGACCGCAGAAACCAAAAGUUACCUCCUUUGUAACAGGGUCAGAGUGUACCAAUCCAUUACAGAUAAGGUCUUCCCCACGGGUACUAUUGUGCUUCCUAUUAGUUGUGAGGUGCCGAUAAAGACGUUAGGUUCAAGCCCUAACGCAUUUCUAUGAUGGCGUGGCCAUAUUAUCCCAAGAUAUUUGAGUAAGACAUUGAUUCGAGUCUUAGUGUACCAUAGAAAUGCGUUAUUAGACGCCGUUGUCGUCAUAUGCUAUGGAUACGAGGGUGCAUUGCGUUGUUAAGACGUGGCGUUCGAGUCCCGACACAAUACCUGCUAGUUGCUAUGUUGACGCCAAUGCAUUGGCAUUGGUUUGAUUAGGUAUUACGGUUGUACUGCAUAUAGGCAUUAUAUGGGUCAUGUGCAUACACAUGUUUUAUGUAAUAUGAUAUAUACAUGUAUUCACACUUUUCAUUUGCAUACACUAUUUACUGCAUUAUGUACUGAUGUUCUCUUA